GGUAUCUCUGUUUAGAGUGCACUUGUCACCUUCAAUAACGUCUUACUCAAACAAAUUGAAUGAAAUUAAACAAAGAAGGCUUGGUUAACUGCGCAAAAUUAUUUGAAAAACUUAUAUUUACAAAUAAGGAACAGGAAGAUUCUUAAAGGAAACGAGAAAAAAGAAGAGUUUCAAUAUAUAAAACGUUUCAAAAGGAUAGACAUAUUCACAUUAGAAAGAGAAAAAUAACAAAUAAUUUUGAUCAAAAGAAACGUUAUCGGUAUUAAUAAUCUUGUACAGAUCCUAUACAGUUUAUAUAACGGUUUUAUGUGGCAAGUAGACAGUAGUUGAUAACGCAAAGUGAACUUAUUUUAUCUAAUCGAUAUAAUGGCAACUGGCGAUGACAGACGUGUUGCUCUAAUAACAGGUAUUUCAGGACAAGAUGGUUCAUAUUUGGCAGAAUUCUUACUGGAAAAGGGAUAUAAUGUGCAUGGUAUUAUUAGACGAGCUAGUUCAUUUAAUACUGCUCGUAUUCAACAUCUUUAUGAAGAUCCUAAAUGCCAUCGUCAAGGUAAAAUGAAGUUACACUAUGGUGACAUGACUGAUUCUAGUAGUUUGAUCAAAGUCAUUAGUGCAGUACAACCAACGGAAAUUUAUAAUCUUGCAGCACAAAGCCAUGUUAUGGUAAGUUUUGAAGUAAGUGAAUAUACUGCAGAAGUAGAUGCAGUAGGAACAGUAAGAUUAUUAGAUGCAAUACGUACAUGUGGCUUAGAAAAAUCUGUAAAGUUUUAUCAUGCGUCAACAUCAGAACUUUAUGGCAGGGUGGUAGAAGUUCCACAAAAUGAAAAAACACCAUUUUAUCCACGCUCUCCAUAUGCUUGUGCAAAGUUAUACAGCUACUGGAUUGUUGUAAAUUAUAGAGAAGCAUAUAAUAUAUUUGCUUGUAAUGGAAUAUUGUUUAAUCACGAAAGUCCACGACGAGGAGAGAAUUUUGUUACAAGAAAAGUGACUAGAUCUAUAGCAAAAAUACAUUUAGGUCUGCAAGAUGUACUUGAAUUAGGAAAUUUGGAUGCAAAGCGAGAUUGGGGCCAUGCCAAAGAUUAUGUAGAAGCAAUGUGGCUAAUGCUUCAACAAACGCAGCCAGACGAUUACGUCAUAGCAACGGGAGAAACACAUAGUGUAAGAGAAUUUGUAGAAAUAGCAUUCCAAUAUGUAGGUCGCACGAUUAAGUGGGAAGGCGAAGGCAUAAAUGAGACGGGACAAGAUGCACAAACCGGCCAAAUAUUGAUUCGUGUAAAUCCGAAAUUCUUCCGUCCAACAGAAGUGGAUAUACUUUUGGGUGAUGCGUCAAAAGCAAAGAAUAAAUUUGGAUGGAAACCGACAAUUUCAUUUAAGGAACUUGUAAAAGAUAUGAUGGACUCUGACCUGGAAUUAAUGUCUAAAAAUCCAAAUGCUUAGUAAUAUUUUUAUCGUAACAUUUUAAUUAUUAUAUAAUAAUUUUGAUUAUUAUAUAAUUAUUAUAUAACCAAAUGCAUUUCUAAUGUACUUUGUUUUUAUAAAAUAACAAUAUUUGGAAA